AUGAAUUUAAUGAGUAUUUUAAUACCAAUUAUUUUAAUAACUCAACUAACGAAUUCUUUUGUUGAUGCACAAGACCAUGUUGAUGGCAAAGUUGAAGAAAAUACUGAAGAUACUUUAGAUUCCUCUGAUAAUUAUGUCGACACUGAGAUAGAUAUGAAGAUUACAUUCAGAUCAAGUAUUGAAAAAUUUCUUCAAACUCUUAUGAUGACUUUGAGAAGACGUCAAGUGGAUAGAGAAGCUAAUAGAUUCGUUGCAGUGAUGAUUGCUUUGCUACCUGAACCUGUUAAGGAGAUCCUUAUGCUGACGAGUGAUAAAGAAAAAGAAAAAAAGGAUAAUAUUGAAAGAAGAAGGUUUGGCGAGACGCUCAAUAAUUAUAGAAAUGAUUUUCAUGCGAUAUAUCCUGGAACUUUAUGGUGUGGUGGAGGAAAUAUUGCAGUAAAAAAAGAUGAUGUAGGAGUAUUUUCUCAAACAGAUAUCUGUUGUCGUGAACACGAUUCUUGUCCUUACUCAGUAGAAGCUGGCAAGACCUUUGGUUUAUUAAAAAACAACGGAAUGUUUGCCAGAUCAGCUUGUUCCUGUGAUCUCAAAUUUUACAAAUGUUUAAAAAAAGUAAAUACCAUUGUCUCUGUAAAUAUUGGCACCACCUACUUCAACAUCCUACGGCCACAAUGCUUUGGAUAUAGUCAUCCAAUAAAGUCAUGUGAAAAAUAUGACGAAGUGAGGAGAAGUGAUAGAAAGUGUAUUAAAUAUAAGUUCGACGACGCCAAAAAUAAAACUCUAGAAUGGUUUGAUGUUCCUGAUUUUUAAAAUUGUUUAAACAAAUGACAAAAAAAGAAGUUUCCUCGGAAAAGGCCCUGUUGAGUUAUACCAAUUAAAUAGGGAUCCGGACACAUAUCUUUACUUUGACCAAUACUCUCCAUGCCAAACUCAAAGAUCAAUCUUAACCAACUGGUUUGACAGCUGAAAAAGACGUCCUAUCUUUGUGAGUGAGAAAGACGAUGGAGGCCAACAGUCACAAUUCUAACUGCGACACUUUCUGUCAAGAAUCCAGGGACCUUCCCCAGAGCUAUAUAAGAGUCAUGAAAACUCCGAUUGUGGCUCCGCGGUGUGGCUCGAGGAAACUUUACAAUAAACUUCUCACACCACAUUUUUAUUUGAACCUUUUGUAACUAAGCACAUGCGAGAAAGUUUUCAUAUUUUCCAUAACCAAUUUUACAAUAAACAAAAAACAAUUUUUAGCUUCUAAAAGCGUAAUACU